AUGUUUGUCCGCAUGACGCGGAGCACCACACACCUCGACGAUGAUCUGGACGUCUUUUUACUCGUUGUCGUCUCUAGGAAAUCGAAGACCAACCUCACCAACAAGCUGAGUCACCAGUUUCUUGCAAGGCAUAGGGACUUGCGGCUUUGCGGAAUGGGCCAUGUUUUCCUCUGGCUUCAUUUCAUCUACGACCUCGUUCCUCUGCGAUACGGCCCCGGUAUCGUCGAGCCUCUCGACUUUUCCGAACCGCUCAAGUGGACUAAAGCGCACCUCUUCUUUUGCUUGAAGCAGAAGAAGGAUAAGGGAAAGCAGAAGCAAGACGAGAUGCACUACAAAACGCACUGCACUUGGAUUAAGUGGGCCAUCGACAAGGCAAAAUGGAUCCUGAGCAAGGUGAUACAUGCGUUCCGCAGAUCUGGUGCGCAACAACUCCAUGACGACGGUUGCUCCGACAACAAUAUCGCCACUCUGGGCGGAUGGGAGGUGGGCGAGAUAUGGAGGUCAUAUAUGUUUGGCAUUCCGUUCAAGCCGGUUUGGCUUCUGGCUGGAUUCAGCGGGGAUCGUGGAGACUACUACAUCGGCAGAGCCCGCGCUAAGCUUCCGCGCCACGAGGAUAAAGAGAAAGAUGAGUGGUUGCAGCUGCUAGAUCUCAUGAGGCAGAACAUCUUCCCCUGGGUCGAGGAGGGGUGGAAGAAGGUACGUGCGAGGGUGGAGGCGUGGAACGAUGCUCAGACCUACGAGCUGAAGAGGCACUAUGCGGGGUUUAUGUUCCUCGAGACCCUCGCGACCAUCGGACGCUUCGUUGUUGCACACGAUCUGGCUAUGAUGUGGGUGUUCUGCCAUCAUCACGGCAUGAAAAUCCCGCGGUGCAAUUGCGAGCAGCAUCCAUACGUGUAG